ACCGGUCCUUUGCUCUGACACAGAACAACAAAGAUUUCGCAUCCGUUGACGGCUUCUCCAAGCACCCGGACCGUGUGUGGUAAUUCUAUGCUUUCAGAAGGAAUAUGUAAGAUAGUGGUGGAUCAAGGACACCUUCGAAACAUCUUCUUGAUCCUCCAUUUCCACAAAGUUGCCUGGAAGCGAAGCCUAACCCCGCACAUGAUGCACUCGCCUCUCUGAACAACCCUGCUGUCUUGUCGCGCGUUGCUCUCAAUCUACUAGAGAAAUGCUCUCCCCCGAUCCUGAUUACGACGGUUUAUCUCAAAGAGCUCAGGAAGAACUUUCAUCGCUGUCAGUUGAACAUCAAAGCGCUGGGCUCGCUAAUAUCUUGGAAAUGCACGGAUGUAUCCUCACCACGCAAUGUACAUUAUGCAAGCACACUCAAUAUAGCACUUCACCUGACCUAUGCCCGUCCCUCGCCCAAUCCCUGCUAGCGGAAGAUCCAAACUGGCGUAUACCUAUCGACGAGUUACCACAUUGUGGCGGCUCAAAUUGGAAGCUGGGCUCCUCCGCCCUGCAGAGAAAAACGACUCAACAGUCCGAUACCGCUACGCAAGGUCUUACCAGCAGCCAGAUUUGCCUCGAUGGCACAGUGAAGAGUCGCAGAGAGAACGUUGCCGUAUUCAACAUUGAACAAUGAAG